CAAACACUGCGACCUCAACGAUGGUCCGCAACAAGGAAACCGAAUCCGAGCCUCGGUUUUACGGUUUUACCCGAACACUUUCGGCAGGGUUGAUUCAUCUCAUUUCUUUGAUCUUUUCUGUGUUUAUUGCCUUUUUGUCUCGACCCGGAACAAGUUUGUUUUCAUGGCAUCCUUUCCUAAUGACUCUAGCAUUCACCUUCAUGACAGAAGCCAUCCUUCUCUUCUCGCCUCAUGGAUCCAUCAUCAAAAGAUUUACACACAAGACGAAAGGCCGUGUCCACUGGGUCCUGCAGAGCCUCUGUUGCCUCUGUGCAGCUCUGGGCCUGGCUGCCAUCUUUUACAACAAACACCUGAAUGGUAAAGCCCACUUCACCUCGUGGCACGGUCUGCUGGGCCUGCUGACGGUCUGUGUGGUCGCUGGCCAGUCCUUGGCAGCGCUGCCUCUCGUUUACCCUUCUCUUGCCAAAGGCUGGUCCCUCGCCAAAUUCAAGCGUUACCACGCGGCGUCUGGACUCGUCACCUACCUGCUCGGCAGUGCCAGCCUGCUGCUCGGGCUGUGCUCCACGUGGUUCACGGCGUUCGUCAGGGAAUACGCUUGGUACCUGGCAGCACUAUGCCCCGCUCUCUGCGCCGUCGUCAUAAUGAACCAAGUCUCCAGUGGUUACAUAGCUAAAAAACGGCUGCAAUCUUAACUGAAAACAAUGUGGACAGUUAACGGGUUUACAUAUUUUAUCUCAGGUUGUAAAUUGUCUGUCUUCACCUAAUGAUAUUAGCAUGUUUGUUUAAAGGCUUUCAUUGCAAAGUCAAGAGUACUGGACAAAAAAUUCUGGUUCCCAACCCAGGUCCCUGAGGAACACCACCCUGCAUGUUUUAGCCGUUUCCCUGCUUCAACACACCUGACUCAGUGAUUUAAUUACUUCAAGUUCUGCCGAAGCCUGUUAACCACCAAAUCAUUCAAAUCAGGUGUCAAAGCAG